AUGUCAAUGUUGAAUCGAUUGCGGAGACUGUUGAAAAUUGACAUGCCAUCCAAAUCGUCAUUGAAAGAAAAACAGAUUGGUAAUCAAAAGUCUGACCAUGAAACGGAAAAGGACGAAUAUGACGAGACUAUACCUACACCAAAGGAGAUUUACAAUUUAAAGCUCACUGUUAUCGCAAUAACUGCAUCAGCAGCAGCAGUAAUCAUUGGGUACGAUGCUGGAUUUAUAGGUGGAACAGUUUCAUUAGAAUCUUUCUCAUCCGAAUUUGGGCUUGACAAGAUGACUGAAGCUGCCAGUGCAGAAGUAAGCUCCAAUGUCGUAUCCCUAUUCCAAGCAGGUGCAUUUUUUGGUUCUCUUAUAUUUUAUCCAGUCGCAGAGACUCUUGGAAGAAAAAUUGUCCUAAUCCUUUCAGGAAUUUUAUUAACAGUUGGAGCAGGAAUAUCGUUGGCUGCUAAAGAAAGUACUGGAUUGGGACCAAUAUACGCAAGCAGGGUUAUCACGGGUCUUGGUAUAGGCGGAUGUUCUGGAAUUUCUCCGAUUUAUGUGUCCGAGAUAAGCCCAGCAGCUGUGAGAGGAAUGUUGACGGGUACAUUUGAAGCAAGCUGGCAGGUCGGAGGAAUAAUUGGCUACUGGAUAAACUAUGGAGUGUUGCAAAACAUCCCAAGCUCUCGGAAACAAUGGUUAAUACCUUUCGCGACUCAAUUAAUACCGUCAGGGCUUUUUUUUAUUGGUACCUUUUUUAUACCUGAGUCUCCCAGAUUUUUCGUAAACAAAGGCAAAAUUGAAGCAGCUUCGAAAAAUUUAGCAUAUUUAAGGAACUUACCGGAUAACCAUCCCUAUUUGAUACAUGAGCUUGAUAAUAUACUUAAGGAUCACGAAAUCAAGACUUCUAAGUUAGGAAGAGGGUUUUUGGCACCUAUACGAAAAUUAUUCAGCAAUAAGAAAUUGGUCUACAGACUUUUUUUAUCGACAUCGUUGUUUCCAAUGCAAAACGGUUUUGGUAUCAAUGCUGUAACGUACUAUUCACCUACUGUAUUUAAAUCAUUCGGAAUUAGUGGUUCGAAUGCGGGUUUGCUCUCAACUGGCAUCUUCGGUAUCAUAAAAGGUGCAGCUUCUUUAUUCUGGUUGUUUUUUAUUGUUGAAAAUAUGGGUCGACGCAAAGCAUUGAUUUGGUUUGCAUUCCCCUGUUCAAUUUGCAUGUGGUAUAUUGGAGCAUAUAUCAAGAUUUCAAAUCCUAGCAAAAGAUUAGCUGAGGGCGAUACAAGGCAGGAUGCAGGGGCGAAAGCUGCCCAAGCUUUGUUGUACAUAUGGUCAUUUACUUACGGAUGCUCGUGGAAUGGAACCCCAUGGGUCAUUAAUUCAGAGAUCUUUUCUCAGGAAAUCAGAACCGCAACUCAGGCUAUAAACUCAUCGUCAAACUGGUUCUGGGCUUUUGUUAUGGGAAGAUGGACAGGACAAGCUCUAGAUGCGAUUGGCUACAAAUUAUAUUUCAUAUUUGCAACUGUGAUUCUUGUAUUUGCAGGUGUUGUCUUUUUGCUUUAUCCUGAGACAAAAGGCGUUCCAUUAGAGGCUGUUGAUUAUCUUUUUGAAGUUCCUGCCUGGAGAGCUAGGGAUCACGCGAUGGAGAAGUUUGAGGUAGAAUAUGAGCUUGGAUACUUCGAUGAUUCCAUAGAAAGAUCACCCUCAGUUGAGGUAGUCAACAACAAUGCAUCUGCAUUAGACGAUCUGGCCAAGCUAGCUCUAGACACUGGUGUCAAGGAUACCGAUAAUGGUGAAGUUUCAAGUAGAUAA